GUUGCGUGGUGACGCUGGCGUCAUGUCCGCCGUGUAGAGCCCGGAUGAAGCCGUUUUUGGGGCCAGUGAGCAGGGCCACCGUGGCUGCUUGGUUUUUAAUUUAAGAGGGUCUGAGCGGACUGAAGCCCCGCUGCUGGAUUAAUGAGGACAGGGCGGCGCUCGGAGCCAGCAGGGCCGCGAAAAGCAACGUGUCGGCGCCGAGCAGCGACACCACAACAGCUGUUGCUAACUGUUAGCUCCUCCGGCUAACAGCCGCUCCUGCAGCCGGAGUCUCUGCCGCAGACUGUGCGUCUUGUCGGGGCUUCAGUCUCUACGGCACCCGGUCUGUGAAUGAUGUCUGCCACGAGUAUUGACCCUCAGACAUCAAAAGGACAAGAUGGUGCUAAAGCUUUUCCCAUUUCAGUGCAGAAUGGCUCACUCCACCAGAAGGACACAGUCCAUGACAGUGACUUUGAGCCCUAUCUCACGGGCCAGUCCAAUCAGAACAACAGCUAUCAAUCCAUGACAGACCCAUACCUACCCAGUUACUAUGCCCCCUCCAUUGGAUUUCCUUACCCUCUCAGUGAGGCGCCUUGGUCGACAGGAGGUGAUCCGCCAAUUCCCUACCUUACACCCUAUGCUCCCCUCAGCAAUGGUGACCAUCACUUCAUGCACGAUACAGUUUUUGGGCAGCCUGGUGGGCUCAGUAGUAGCAUUUAUCCUCACCGGUUUAACUUUUUCCCAGAGAACCCCGCCUUUUCAGCCUGGGGUACCAGUGGUUCUCAGGGACAGCAGACUCAGAGUUCUGCCUAUGGGGGGAAUUACAGCUAUCCCCCCAGUUCUCUGGGAGGAACCAUAGUCCCUGAUGGCCAAACUGGUUUCCAUAGUGACAACUUGAGUAAGGCUCCUGGUAUGAACAGUCUAGAGCAGGGUAUGCUAGGUCUAAAAAUAGGUGGCGAUGUGACUGGAAGUGGCUCUGGUGUGAAGACUGCAGGCUCUGUGAUUGGUGGCAACGGAAGUGUAGCUGCUGCUGUUGCUACGGGUAAUGGCGGCACACCAGUUGGAAUGCCCUCUCCUAAACCUGCAUCGUGGGCUUCUAUUGCCAGUAAACCUGCCAAGAUGCAGCAACAAAAGUCCAAAAGCAAGACUGGCACAGUUAUACCUGGAGGACCACUUCCUCCUCCUCCUCCCAUUAAACACAACAUGGACAUUGAUACAUGGGAUAACAAGGGGACAAAAGUUGUGUCCCCUUUGCCCCCUCACCACCACCAACCGCACCAGCCACCACAGCUCCACUCCCAUACUACCAGUCUCAUCCCUCCUCUUCAACAGUCGCUACAGUCUGCCCAGUCUCUGGUGCAGCAGAUGACCAUGCAGGGUCCUCUACCUCCUCUUCCGCAGUCUUACCAGAACCACAACUCUGCUCCAUCACCCCAGACCCGCUGGAUAGCCCCACGCAAUCGCAACAUGUGCUACAGUGGUGGAAGUUUGGACAGCAGUGGCUCCUCCAAUGGUGGUGGUGUUGGUAAUGGAGGUGGCCCAGGUCUGCCUCCAGGAUCAGAGCUGAGGUCAGAGUCCCAUCCUGUGCUGGAGAAGCUUCGAGCAGCCCACAGCUACAAUCCCAAGGAGUUUGACUGGAACCUGAAAAACGGCCGUGUGUUCAUCAUCAAGAGCUACUCUGAGGACGACAUCCACCGCUCCAUCAAGUACUCCAUCUGGUGCAGCACGGAGCAUGGAAAUAAACGUUUGGACUCGGCCUACAGAGCCAUGAACGCUAAAGGUCCCGUCUACUUGUUGUAUAGUGUCAACGGCAGUGGGCAUUUCUGCGGCGUGGCCGAGAUGCGCUCACCUGUGGACUACGGCACCAGCGCGGGCGUUUGGGCACAGGACAAGUGGAAGGGCAAGUUUGACGUGAACUGGUUGUUUGUUAAGGAUGUGCCCAACAGUCAGCUGCGCCACAUCCGUCUGGAGAACAACGACAACAAGCCAGUCACCAACUCUCGCGACACUCAAGAGGUUCCUUUGGAAAAAGCAAAGCAGGUGCUCAAGAUUAUUUCCCAGUACAAACACACCACCUCCAUCUUUGAUGACUUUUCUCACUAUGAGAAGAAGCAGGAGGAGGAAGAGGUUGUGAAAAAGAGUUAUGAGCCUGCCUCUAUACAAAGCAGAGCCAGAAUGGAUCAGGAUCGUCAGAAAUAAACUGAAGAUGCCUUCUGAAACCUCAAUCAACGAUUGUGCUUGGACGGACAUAAUGAAAUUUAGAAUUUAAAAAGAAAACAGAGGACAUAAGAAAUUCAAAAACUAAUAUUUUUUCCAUUUAAUUUUUGCGACUUUGGCCUGUGUCAAACUUUGAGCCAUGUUGCUCCUGGUUCCCAUUCUUGAUGAGUCAUGCAGGGAUGAGGCCAGCUCCACCAGGUGAAUCCUUUCAGUAAUAUAUUUUCUUGCUUGUUUUCUGUAUUUUUUAACCUUAUAAAUCUCUAUUGCUAUCCCCAAACUAAUUCUAAGUAACAAAUAUCUGCACGUCUGUUUUGAAAAUCUCUCGACAACAUGCUGCUGAUAUUCGGUGACUGUUCACUUUGUGGUUUGUGUGUUGGAGAAAUGUUAAGUGCUUGUAUUGGUUAAUGUUACGAGUGACCAACAUUUUAUUAACAAACGUCUGCUAUCUGUGUGUGGCCAGUUGUAUUUUAUAUUACUAGGAGGAGAAAAAACCUAUCAAGCUCUUUUGAACCGGUGUCUUAUUUUGGAAGAAUGUGUACACUGAAAGUAUGUUUUUGUUUUGUUUUUUCUGUUUAGAACUGUGGAAGGUUGACAUUAGAAAGCUUAGAAGUAUGAAAAAUAUUUGCUUCACCUGGCUUACCACUGGUUUAAAAGUAACAUUAAUAUGGGAUUUGUUGCAUUUUAUUUUUGUAUUUUUCUCUCAUACACCAGAAUGGAGUCUUAUUUAUUUACAGCUGCGGUAUAAUUUUGUUUUGUUUUUUUCCCCUGCCCCUGUACUGUACCUCAACUUUUCCAACAAGAGAUUCAGGGAAAAGAUGUGUAGAGAUACAACAUUCUUAAAGGCAGUUCCUCUGUCUAUUUACAGAAUUAAUAUUCACACUUACUGUAUUAGUUUCUGUUUUUAGCAACACUAAUUUUGCAUUAAAGUGUUUUUUUGUUUUGUUUUUGUACAUGCUAUUAUUUCACUCUGUUACCUGCAACUCCGGUCUUUGGAGUCUUUGUAAGGGAAAAUGUAGCAUGUAGUGCUUUUUAAAAUGAGGCCAGGCCCAUUGUCUUUUUUCUUUUUUUAAAUUUGGGGUAUUUCCAUUGUUACAACCUGUCUACAUCAUCUUCAGAAAAUGUAAGCUUUAAUGUAUUGGCAUUUUUAACAGAGAUCCCCUCAAAUGUUUAACUGUAGCAUUAUAUUUACUGAUUUAUUGUCAAGUGUGUGAAAACCCAUGAGACUAGACUAUAUGGUAUAUGUGACUUUAUUUGAUUACUUGUUGUAUUGUGUGUAAGAAUGAAAGAAGAGAGGGUGUGUAACUGGAGCAAUCAGAGCUAUAUGACAGUAUUGGUAUAUAGAAAAUUUAUGCAAAAGGGAAAAGUUUAAGUCACCAUUUAUUAAAUAUCCAUUGUAUCAGAGGUCACUAUUGCAUUCUUAGAUUUGAUCAUAUCAUUAUUAAAGAUAUACUUAUCUGUU